UUUCUUCAAAUGGCUUUCAAUUUUCAUGAUGUAUUUUGUUGGAUUCAAAAUCUUCCACAAAUCUCACAAUGGAAAACAAAUUCCAUCUCCUUAAACAUAUGUUCUUCAACAACAUCUCAACCAAUUCUCAAUCUUACCAUAUCAAAAAUUCAUCAAUCCUCAAAACUCAAUUUUUUAAUUAUUGCUGACUUCAAUGGUAUUCCAAUUAAUCUUUGGAAUUCAAAACCAUUUAAGCAAAACUCAAAAACCAACAAUUUAUUAGACAAAGAAAUAAUUUCAAAUCUCUUUCUUAAUUUCAUUCAAGACAUUCUUCAUUAUGGUUCAAACAAAAACAGCCCUUAUAUAAAAUUUCCAAAACUUGACUCUGUUCAAAAUCUACCAAACAUUUUCAACCUCACUUUUUUCACUCUUUUAUUCCUUGUUUGCAUAUACGAAGAACCUAAAAAUCUUCGCGAUACAUUUAUUGGUAUUUUAAAAGACCACUUAACAAGUUAUGAAUCAAGACAAGCGUCAAAUUUGCUUAUGAAACUUUUAGGUUCGAAUUUACAAGAACAAUGGAUGCGUUCGUUGAACCUUGGAGUUACUAAUUGGGUUGGUGAACAUGAAGAACAACAUCAAAACAUGUUUAGAACACCUUGUUCUUUGUUUUCUUAUGCUUUUUCAACAUUUGGGUUGUGGAAAGUGCAACUUUAUUGUCCUGCUAUUUGCAUGGAUGUUGAGAAAUCAGAUAAUCAUCCAACUGAGAGACUUCAAUUCUCUCUUAAGUAUCAUCAAGUUGAAAGUGUUCUUCAGUUUAAUUAUAAAGUUGUUGUUAAAGAGGAGUGGGUUGAAAUCAUGGUCAACAUUGAUAACAUAAGGUGUGAUGUUACAAAAUUGGUGAAUGAUUCACUUGUAAGAGAAAGAGGAGCAGGUGCAGCUGAAAAACAUUUUCCAUCAAGAAUAUCAUUACAACUCACACCAACUCUUCAAAAUCAAGUAGUAAGUUUAUCGGUAGGAAAAUCGACAGAAAAUCCAAAAAAAGAAAUUGGCAUUGACAAAGGUAUAGAAGCAUCAAUAGAGCCACCAAAUCCCUUAGGACUUAAAGUUUCAGCUGGAGAAUCAACAACCGUGAGUUUAAAGCCAUGGAAAUUUGAACAAUCAGUUUAUGGCUAUAGUGCAAAUUUAAAUUGGUUUUUACAUGAUAGUAUGGAUGGUAAAGAAGUGUUUUCAUCCAAGCCUUCAAAAUUUGCAUUAAUUAAUCCAAAAUCAUGGUUUAAAAAUCGUUACUCUAGUGCUUAUAGACCUUUUACUAGACAAGGUGGUGUUAUUUUUGCUGGUGAUGAAUAUGGUGAAAGUGUUAAUUGGAAAGUUGAUAAAAGUGCUUUUGGGAAAACAAUGGAAUGGGAAAUAAGAGGUUGGAUAUGGUUAACUUAUUGGCCUAAUAAAAGACUAACGUUGUAUAAUGAAACUAGGAGGUUGGAGUUUCGUGAAAUUGUUAAUCUUGAUGUUGCUUAAUUAACCAUAUAAUUAGCUUAGGUGUGGUGUGGUGUGGUGUGAUGGAUGAUUUAUUAUUUAAAAGCACUUUUUUAAGCAUAGGAAAAAAAACUUAUAUAUAUACGAUUCAUCGAUUGUGUGUACAUGAUGAUAGAAAAUAGAAAUGAAGCUAUUGUGUGUUUUAAUAAAGAGAAAUGAUAAUUCAACAUAAAA